CUGUUCAGGUGAAUUGACGCAGGUGUUUGCGGGAUGGUCAAGGCGGCGCCACGGAAGCGCAAUGGCAUGAAGAGCCGCGUGGCUGGUACUCACAAGUCCAAGACGAACAGGGCACAAAAGCAUGUGAAGGUGAAAUUCCAGCCAGCGCGGUCGAGCAGUCCUCGCACACCGGACCCGAACAAGAACGAGAAUGAAGUGUUCGAAUGGGUUGGCGAUGCCGUCCUGGAUGAAUUGGUCGGACGGUCGUUGCUGCGUCAUGUGCACAUCUUCUACUCACGGCACGACAGCAGCACAGAUGAAUCCAGUCGCGAUGGGGCGCCCCGUGUGUCCAACUUGGACCUGUUUCGACAACUGCGAAGCUCCCUUGUCUCGAAUUCGAACCUGUGCGCCGUCUACGACAAGUUGUUCCCGCCACGCUUUACCAUUCUCGUGAACCCACUUAAACUCAAGCAAAAAGCUGACGCCGUCGAAACUCUCGUAGGUCGCAUCUCGUCGCGACACCGCAAGUCUCCCAAGGACUUGCAUCAACUCGACUUGAUCCUCUCCAUGAUGCUCGAGGUCGAGUUCACGCACUGGGCUGUCGAACAGGAACAGAUAGAGCGCAAAUCGUUCAACCAGUUCUCUCUCUUGGAGCAUUUGAUCGACACAGAGGACGAGACGGACGAAGCUGCAACCGCAGCUGCCACGGACCAGGCCGUUCCAUCGCCACCAUCCUCCUCCUCCAACUCCUUCGACAACGCUUCCUCGCCGACUGCGCCAUUUCACGCGUUUGCCGCGGGUCCUUCUGGAAAUGCCGCACUGCACACCACCCCUGACUCUUUGCCCUCUGUCGCUCAACUCCACUCGUGGGCGCAGGCCCUGCACGACUCGUCGCACAUUCUACAGUCGUCUCGAGUCACGUUCGAAGUGUUCAAACUUUACGGCAUGUCGGUGAUGAAGGAGCGCAUCAGCACAUUCCUUGUCCAAGACAGAUCAGCCACACUCUCGGCCAUGGGGCCCGCCGACCUAACGUGGAUCCGGCAGAGCAUUCUCAGCAUCGACAGGGAAGCCCACUGCGCUUCCCUCCUCUCUGUCGUCGCGCGCGGUGGAGAGACGUCUGCAAAAUUACAAGCGAAUACCCUGCGCGCCGUCGUGGGUUUUGCCAGUGCUGUAAACUGUCCGUGGGUCGUCGACGCCGUCUGUGGUUUGCUGGUGUACCUGCACCAAAGCCCGGCCAGUUGCCUCGCCGCGGGAGGCGGGUGUGCCUUGGGUACCAUGCAAACGACGACCCACAUGGACUUGGACGAUCUCGCGCUGCACGAAGUCUCCACGUGCCCCAACUCGGUGGCCACCUUCAUGGCCACGAGGUGGAGAGGCCGGUUGCCGGCCGUGACGUCGCUGGCCAACAUGCCCAGAUCUGUCGCGGCCACGAUCGAGUUUCUCCAUCGGCGCCAUCUUCCAUGGGAAAACUCGCUCGAGAUCGUCAACCAAUGGCUUCCUUCUCGAUGGUGCGACUUGGACCCGUUCGCCCCGUCGUUUGAAUCGCAACGUCGCAAGCGUCAGCGGGACGACCCUGUCGUCAACGCGUCAGACGCCACGUGCCGUAAAACCCACAGCACGUUUGCGUUGCUGCAGCGAUUUAGCCACCGUCGGUUCCUGUAUAGCUUGGAAGCGCUGAUCAUUUCGUUUGCUCAGUACGACACGGCAGCGUGCCGGCUCCACCUUCGCGAAGCCGCCGCCGACCUCGAGCCGUGCAUCGACGACCUCGGCGUGUGCACUGUGUCGGACGUUUGUCUGUCGCUGGUGUUUAAAGACAGCUUCUACCGCCUACUCAUGCACGAGCUCGUGCAUUUUCACUCGCUGGACGCCAAGAGUCACACAAAGCCCCAUGGCACCAUGCGCGUGAUGCAAAUUCGUCGUCCCAAGGGGUAUGUGUGGCAGGAAAACGUGUACACGAACGAAGCCACGGCGAUUGUCGAGUGAUUCGAUGAUGCCACCGCGACGUGCCAACAAUCCUCUCCGAGAUCCUCCUCCAAAACAACCUGCACGACAUCGUUGCGUCGAUCGUACGACGGAUGCACCACGGCGAUCGCUUCUCUCCCCGUAGCUCUCGCGGCGUCGUCUCCAAUACAAAUUCUCCAUCGCGCGAUGGAUAGCAUCCACA